GUCCCCUGAGCCCGGGCCACACAGCUGCACCCAGCCCUACCCGGUUCCCCCCAGGCCUGCAGGACCCCUGGGGCCCUGUCCUUAUUUCCCACCACCGGGACAGCCAAAGCUCUGGUCACAAUGAACAUCGCCUUCUCCAGGGACAGCCAGGUGGGGGUGAUGGAGAAUACCGUGGCCAACACGGAGAAGUACUUUGGGCAGUUCUGCUCGCUGCUGGCCGCCUACACGCACAAGACGGCCCGGCUGCGGGACAAGGCAGACCAGCUGGUCAAGCAGCUCAUCGACUUUGCCAACUCUGAGAACCCUGAGCUGCGGGCCACCAUGAGGGGCUUUGCUGAGGACCUGGCCAAAGUGCAGGAUUACCGACACGCCCAGGUUGAGAGGCUGGAGACCAAGGUGGUCAACCCCCUGAAGCUCUACGGGGCACAGAUCAAGCAUACACAGGCUGAGAUCAAGAAAUUCAAACGUGUCCGAAAUCAUGAGAUCAAACAACUGGAAAAACUGGAGAAACUGAGGCAGAAGUCACCCUCAGAUCGGCAAAUGAUCUCCCAGGCGGAGACCAGAGUGCAGAGGGCCGCUGUGGACUCCAGCCGCACCACCCUCCAGCUGGAGGAGACGGUGGAGGCCUUCCAGAGGCAGAAGCUGAAGGACCUGCAGAAAUUUUUUUCUGAUUUUGUAACUAUUGAGAUGGUUUUCCAUGCCAAAGCGGUGGAGGUGUAUUCUAGCGCCUUCCAGACCCUGGAGAAGUAUGACCUGGAGAGGGAUCUACAGGAUUUUAGAGCCAAGAUGCAAGGGGUUUAUGGGCAUUAUGACACUCGGCCGCUUGCCAACACCAACCCCUCUCCAUCUAUUCUUCAGUCUCUCACCAGCCAGAGUGCUCAGAGCACCAUACGGAGCCCAGGAAAAGAAGGGGAGGAGAGUGAGGACGACUCCAUGGAGGAGGCCCCCGUGGAGGACCUCAGGGCACUGGGGCAGGGACCCCAUAAAUAGAGAACUGCCCACAACAGUCAGAAGAACUGAGCUGGCCUUGGAUCCUCCGGUGGGCUCUGCUGUGUGCCCUCAGGCAAGCCACGUGUCCUCUGAGCCUCAGUUUCCUCAUCUGUACAACAGAGCCAAUAUCACUCACCUCACAGGUUGCUCUGGGGGAUCGCUGUGCCUGGCACAUAGUAGGUGUUCAAUAAAUGCCCUGUGACUCUCAGCUUGA